GGUUUCCGAGCCUUGGUUUCCUUCCCUCUUCGCUGUUUCGUUGACAGCCGAAGGGUUCCUUCACCGCCUUCCGGAGCUUAAACUGAGUUCUGAGCAUGGCGGACUCGGAAACGAACAAUCGGCUAUCUGUGUUCUUGAAAACAGGCAUUUACCGGUUCGAAAGCUCAAACGCGGUAUUCAUCGACCCUGUUCGAGUCCUAAACCAGUCUUACACACAGUUUAAGGUUUCACCUACUGCAUAUUACUCUCGCUUAUUCGAUUCCAAGAAAUCAACAGAAGAAGAACCUAGGGUUUCCAAAAAUUCAAGAAAACGGAAACGCAAAGAGAGAAAAUCUCACACUCUCAAUGAAAAAGAACGAAUAGCCGAUCAACGCCACAAGGAUUCGAGAGAUUUGUUGUUGAAGGCACACGAGGCUUUGAUGGGAGCUACUGAUCUUUUGGCCAUUAUACGAAAAUUGAGGAGUGGUGAAGAGGAAAGUAAAGAGUCGUUGUUGCCGAGUGUCGAGCAGUCAUUUGUUGAGCUUGGGAGUGUUUGGCAAGCUCCUUUGUAUGAGAUUACUCUUAAUUUACAUCAAGAGGACCAGCCAACCCAAAGUAGAGGUUCCCUGCUUGUUGAAAACUGUGACCAAAGAGUAAUUCCAGUAUUUAACAAUUUAGUGAUCAAUGAGACUAGCAGUGAUGCGGAAGCUGAAUUUCUAAACAACAAAUAUGUAAUACCCAAAGAGAGUUGCUUCUAUAUGUCGGAUCUGCGGCAGAUUCACAAUAUGAUUCCUGCUGAGUCUGAUUGUGGCUUCAAUCUUAUAGUGGUUGAUCCGCCAUGGGAAAAUAGCAGUGCCCAUCAAAAAAUGAAGUAUGCUAUCACAUUCUUCUGUACUCUCCCAAGGUUAUUGCCUCUGAAAGGAUUUUUUUUUAACUCAUCUAUAAAUCUUACUGUAAUGUUAGUUUUAUAUCGUGAGGCUUGUCGCUUCUUUUGUUUCCAUUCUAUGGCUCGCCUUUUUCACUUCUGCCUUAUUUACAUGUGUAAGUGUGCCACUGAAAAUAAGUGACCCUCACAUUUGCACCAUGGAUAAUAGUAAAUUAGUCAGCUGUGUUUUCUGAACAGAUCAUGUAUUACCGAAUAACAUUAUUCAUCCUCACAUGCCUCUUAAAGUUGUUGAAUGAGAGAAACUAAUAUAGCAUGUGCUUAAUAUUGUUGACCUAUAACACUGAACAAGAGUAACGUUUAUGCGUUUUGAUCAAGCACGAUUUGGUGUUGAAUCUCAACCGCGUGGCAAUUCCCUUUUCCCCUUCUCUUUAAGAGUGCUAAAUCUAUUGUUGGAUACUGAACAAGAGUAACAUUUAUGCGUUUUGAUCAAGCACAAUUUGGGGUUGAAUCUCAACCGAGUGGCAAUUCCCUUUUCCCCUUCUCUUUAAGAGUGCUAAAUCUAUUGUUGGAUAUCAGCUGAUAAUGACAGUUCAGUGUUUAAAGUUUGAUGGAUUCUAGUAUUUGAUAUUGAAACUAGUGGCAGCUAUUGCAUCACACAUAGAAGGCUGCAAGUCACAAUUUUGUUUCUAAUUUUUGUUUAAACUAACCCAUUGUUUUAAAUGUUAUGCACUUUACUUCUUUUCCUUUUUCCCCAACCAUUGUAGGUAUCCAACCCUGCCUAGCCGAUACUUCUUAUCUCUUCCUAUCAAACAGCUUACCCAUGCAGAAGGAGCACUGGUAGCCUUAUGGGUGACCAAUAGGGAGAAAUUGCGAGAUUUUGUUUUGAAUGAACUAUUUCCCAAAUGGGGAGUCAACUAUGAGGCUACUCUUUACUGGUUAAAGGCAUCUCUCUUGCUCAUGUAUAUAUUGAUGAUGAUGAUGAUGAUGAGCUGCAAAACUGCUUCUGUAUAAAUAUUAGGUGCUCAAUUGUUACAGGUAAAAGCAGAUGGCUCAUUGAUUAAUGAACUGGAUCUUUUUCAUCAUAGACCAUAUGAAUGCCUGCUCCUGGGUUAUUGUGGCGAGAAGGCAGUGGAUUCUGAAUGCUUGCCAAGAUUAACAUGUAUGCCAGAUGACCAAGUCUUCAUUAGUGUUCCUGGGGAUUACUCAAGGAAGCCCCCAGUCGGAGAGUUGCUACAGGAGUAUGUGCCAGGGUUCAUGCCUGCUCGUUGCAUUGAACUUUUUGCUAGAGAAAUGAUGGCUGGUUGGGCUUCUUGGGGGAAUGAACCCCUUCACUUUCAAGAUGCAAGAUAUUUUUCAGGAAAUGCUGCUAAAUAUUACUUCUAGACAAAAUGCCUCUUUGUACCUUUGCAGCCCUGGAACCUACCUGCCAUUCUUCUUUCAAGAAUUUGCUCUUGUAAGUACAACUUGUUUUUCCUCGUAAUGCUACUUAACUCUUGUCAUUAGUUGUGACUUACUCAGAAGCACAUGAAUAGGGAUGAUUAUAACGACAAUUGUAUGCAUGAUAAAAAAUGAAGCCUUCUAUACUUAUAAAUUUAUGUCUCCUCCAAGCCGCCUUUGGUGUGGAGAGCUGAUUUUAGAUAAUUUUGGUGUAUACCUUGUUUGAUUCUUUUUUCCUUGUAAUCACGACAAAGAAUGAGCCUUUCAAUGAGUUACUGGCUGCUUUCUGGCUUUCUGCUUGACUGGUGUUUCAAUCUUGAAUCCCAACAUCUUUUGUUCUUAGUCUUUUCCUUGUCUGACAACUAGUUGAAUAAAACAUUGUCAUAUUCCCACUUUACUUCCCGGUUCAAAAAAUUAUAUGACCUAAAGUAUUCCAAAGUGGUUGGAUGGACAUAUUUUCAGACGAUGAACAACAGACGUCUUUGUACUUGCUGUUUGCUGGGUAAAUAAGGGGCAAAGAUGGCAACUCUGUUCUAUGUUAUGUAAAAGCGAUGAUUUUUGAAUGGUUAAGAUAUUCUGUUCUAUGUUCUAUUGUACAGUCCGUAAUGUUGAUCCAUUCUGUUGACUUCCUCUUAUUAAUUUUUGUUCAUUUUCCUUCUCUUUGAACAAUUUGACAGCUUGAUCCUGACUGUAAGCUUUUGCAUCCUUUUUUAUCUGAAACAAUUGAUUUGCUUAAAUCUGUAUUGUGCUGCCGAUAUUGCCAGUGUACAGAAUGUUGUGAGAGAAACUCAACUCAAAAAUGUCUUAUCCAAACAUUUUUGAAGUCGAUUAUAUGAAUUUUCGUUCACGAUUAUACUCUAUGUUGUUGCUAGGGAAACUAAUAGCAAAAAUACAAAAUGGCCCCUAAAAGUAAGAAGUCCAUUCACCAACAAGAAAAGUCUCCAUUUCUCUCCUCCUCGUUGUGACCUUCUUCUGUGGCUGAUGAAGCAGUGAACAGAAGCAACACCACCUUUGCUACUACCUACCCGACCACUUCGUUGACAACAUGCAAUUCUGGUGAAAUCUGUGCCCUUCCAACCAACGAUAUGGAGAUAGUUUCUGUGAUAUUUGAUAAUGGACGAUCACUUCCAUUAAAUUGUCUGAUCUAACUGUAAUCUGGAGAACCACCUCUAAUAGACUAUUUUCUGAAUUAUUAGAUCUGUCGACAUGCUAAUGUGAUGCAAGGAAUGAUUACCUGCAAUUACAACACUGAUGAUACCACCGUGUUUCGGAGGAUUUUUGACGCCGUGAUCAUACUUAAUUAGACUGGACUGAAAAUGAAGGGUCACGUUCAGGUGACAGAUGGCUUCAACAAUUAUGAGUGCUAGAUGAGAUAGUGGGCAACGUGGACUGGAUGCGAGACCCCCCAUAUUUUUUCAGGUCUUCUAAUUUGUUUUGUUGUAGAAUCUUGCGAGUCUGAUCUUUUGAUGUGCUGUUUCACAUCUCUAUUGAUCAGACUUUAGUGGAAUACCUGGAUAGUGGAUUUUUUUCUUUUGUUACAAGGUGUCUAAGAUUGCGCUUACUACUCUCUCUAAUUCAGCGACUCUGAAUAGUGAAUAUUGGUUUGGAAAAAAAAACUGAGAUCAGUUAAUUAUACCAAUUAGGUGUUAUUUUGGUUUGUACAUUAUUUUGGCAGCGUGUUUGCUUGGACAUUGACAUGCUGAUU